CUGUUCAUCAUUUUUCAUGGGAAAACUGAAGUAAACAUGGCGAUUUCGAAGGAGGCUAUCAAGAAAGCUCUGAAGAAGCAGACGCUUAAAACUAGCGAUAAAGAAAGGACGAGGGCUGCGGAGCUUACCCUGCGAGAAUCUAUUUAUCCGCUCGUCCUCGUUACCUUAUUGUUUUUCCUUUGGGUACGUAUCUUGCGCGGAACAUUCGGCUUUGAAGUUUGGAGGCGCUGAUGAAUAUGGGAAUAGGGAUUUUCCUAUGGACUUCUCGAUACCUUGAAUAAACAUUUUCAGAAUACGUUGGGGAUUAGUAAAUCGAGAUCUUCCGGCCUUCAGGCUGCUUAUUUUGGGUACCUUGCCUUCAUUUAGCUGACGAGAUUGGGAAAGAAGCUGAUUGUCAACAGUGCUUAUCCUCUCGCUUCACUUGGGCAUGCGAAUUGGAUUCUCAGACACUAUGGUUAUAAAGCUGUUUUUAUAUGGGGGCUCUGUCUCUAUGGAGUUGGUGCUUUGCUAGCUUGGCCUUGUAUCCUUCACCGAUCAUUUGGUGGUUUUUGUGCUGCUAUAUUUGUUAUUGGAAAUGGCCUUGGGUCUUUGGAGACUGCUGCCAAUCCUUACAUUACAGGUUAGCCAUCAUGCUUUUUCAGUGGAUCCCUAGAGAUGAUUGCUGAUUCUGUUUCAGUGUGUGGUCCCCCUCGAUUUGCCGAGAUUCGAAUCAAUCUCUCUCAGGCUUUCAAUGGAGUCGGAACAGUCGUUGCUCCUGUCCUAGGGUCUUACGUUUUCUUUAAUAAGACUGGUGAUGAUCCACAAGCACUGAAGAACGUUCAAUGGGUAUACUUGGCCAUUGGUUGCUUCACGUUCGCGCUCGCUGUCGUCUUUUACUUGUAAGUGCUCAUUCUUUCUAUGGCAUUACCUCUGGAUAUUCUUACUGAUAACGACUAUAGCUCGCCAAUUCCUGAAAUCACAGAUGCAGAUAUGGCAUUUCAAGCGGAAGAGACCCAUGCAAGCACCGAUGUCCUGCCGUUUCGAAAACAGUAUCGACUUUUCCAUGCUGCAUUCGCUCAGUUCUGUUACACUGGCGCUCAGUAAGUCACAUUCCAUCCCAUUGAUUCGCCAUUCUCAACACCCUUACCGUGUUCAUACCUAACCGAAGAUCUAGAGUCGCAAUAGCAACUUACUUCAUAAAUUACGUAACCGAGACACGCCUAGGGACACGCAGCGCAGCAGGCGCUAAGUUUCUCGCUGGAGCCCAAGGCGCAUUCUCAACUGGUCGCUUCGCCGGAGUUCUUCUCAUGAAAUACAUCCGUCCACGCUGGGUCUUCUUGGUUUACCUCACAGCUUGUAUAAUCUUCAUAGCACCAAGUAUAACGCAACGUGGAAACACAGGGAUGUCAAUGCUCUACAUGACACUGUUUUUCGAGUCCAUCAUCUUUCCCACCAUUGUGGCACUCGGCAUGCGAGGAUUGGGCAAGUACACCAAGAGGGGAAGUGGGUGGGUGAUUGCUGGCGUGUCCGGAGGUGCCUGUGUUCCCGCAUUACUAGGUCGGGUGGCGGAUGUGCAUGAUACGGCUCUUGCUAUGGUUGUUCCUUUGAUGUUUUUCGUUGCCGCGUGGAGUUAUGCUCUGUGUGUGAAUUUUGUUCCGGCUUAUAGAGACAUUGUUGAUAGUGUUCAGACAGCCGAGAUUGGAAUUGUGCAUCCGGAUUUGGGAGGCGAUGAGGAGAAGGCCAAUGAUAGUGUGCUUGAAAAGGGCGAUGUACAAGAGAAGGAGUAG